AUGGUCUACUCCGGGUUCAUCGCAGUGUUCGCCAGCAUGCUGCUGGGGAAGGUCAUUGCUGAUGACAAGAUGGGACCGGCCGCUUUCCUCUGGCCCCCCGAUCGUGAGUGGUCCGCCGAUGUCGAUAAUACCGCUCCUUGCGGCUCCACUAAUGGACCCGGUAUUCGUACCGAGUUUCCUUUGGACCCCAAGUCCGCCUCCGACUUCGAGACCUUCCUUGGCCCCAGCGAGGUCGGCAGCCUCGACCUCGGUCAUACCUGUGUGACGGUCCCUAACGCACCUGAAGGCACCGCGGCCGGCGCCAACGCCACCUACCGCAUGCUCUACGUCUCCAACUUUGAAGACGACGAAUCCAAGCGUAAAACGUUUUAUGCCUGCGCCGAUGUUGCCUUUGUCGAUGUCUUCACAAACUCGAUCCCCUGCUUCAACGCUACCGUCAGCGACCCCGAAGUCGACGUGGACAAGACAGUCAAUGUCACCACUACCGACUCUGGCGGAAACACCCCCCACACUGCCGCCGACUUCAUGGCUACCGACUCUGAUAACGGUUCUUUGGGUCUUUCUGGCGGUGCUGUUGCUGGUGUCGUUAUUGGUUCCAUCGCUGGUGCCUCCCUCCUCGGCCUUGCUGCCUUCUUCCUGUGGCGCCGUAAGAACGCGAGCAAGAACACUAUGGAUAAGCCCAUGCAGCAGCGCUGGGAUGCUGAGAAGGCAGUCAGCGAGACUUCUUCGAUUAACAGCCGUUCUCAAAACUAG